AUGGGAGAGGCCAACUUCACGACCUUGAAUGAAGUUUAUACUCGUGCUAGCAAUGCCGAGAGAAUCAAGGAGAGAAGGAAAGCCACAGAAAAGAUGAAAGCUCCUACAAAAGAAAGUACCCAACAAUUGGAUAAGGUUAAUAACUUUAGUCAAAAUAAGAGCAUAAACUUUGAUAAUCGGGGUCCUAAGGGUAACUUCAGUAGAGGAGGUCAGAGUUAUCAAGCCUCAAGGAGUGCUCAGAGGAGGGAUUGUGAAGGCAAUAAGGUGACAUGUAAUUAUUGCAAGAAAGAGGGGCAUAGAGCUUAUGAGUGUUUCAUUAACCCUAAUGCUAAGAUUGGUCGCACUUGUGAGGUUUUGAGGAAACCCACUGCUAGUACAGCUAGUAAUCGCCCAACUACUUCUGCAGCUCCAAAUCAUACCGUAGGAAUGACUAAUGUUGCUCAUGCUAAGAGAGGUCCCGAGAAGAAGAACACAGGCAACCUUAAUCAUUUGAAGCAAGCAGAUGCAACUAACCAGGGGAAUGCAUUGAUCGAGGUUAAACUUGCCAAUAUAUUCGUUCCUUCUGGUCUAAGUGUCACUUGUAAUAAGAUGCAUUUAGAUGUCCCUAUAGCUUAUGGUAAAACUACCUUAUUCGCUAACCUAAUAGUUUUUCCUUUGAAAGAUUUUGAUGUAAUACUAGGGAUGGAUUGGCUAGAAAAGUAUAAAGCAAAGAUAGAUUGUCCGAAACAAAAAGUCACAAUAAAGAGUCAUAAGGGUGUCCAUGUGCUUUAUAGUCACCGUCCAGUGAAGAUUAUUUCUGCUUUUACAUUGAAGUCUUAUUUAAGGCUGGGAUGCCCUGUUUACCUUUGCCAUAUUCAUGAUACUAGUAAGGAAAGAACACAGCUCGUAGAUGUCCCGGUUGUGAAUGAGUAUCAAGAUGUGUUUCCAGAUGAUAUUCUUAAUAUGCCUCCAAAGCGUGAUGUGGAAUUCAACAUCGAUUUGAACCUGGAACGGGACCUAUAUCUAAGCCACCUUAUCGGAUGGCGCCUGCUGAGAUGA